AUGGCACCUUCCUUUAAACAGCUUAACAGCCCAGCUGGUCUUGCGGUUCUUAACGAGUACCUUGCAGAUCACUCGUACAUCAACGGGGUGCAGCCCUCAAAAGCAGACGCAGCUGCGUUUGCGAUUCUGUCGCGACGCCCGGCAACCGCGCUCGCAGGACUACCGCACCUGUCGCGCUGGUACCGCCACAUCUCCUCUUUCAGUGCGGCUGAUCGUGAUCGUUGGACCGGAGAUACCGACGGCAUAGUGGAAGAAGAGCCAGAAUCUAAGGAAGCGGCGUUUGACGCGGACGAUCUGUUCGCCUCUGACGACGAGGAGACAGACGCGGAGGCGUACCGACGCCAACAGGAGCGCGCCGAGGCUGCCCUGCGCGAGAAAGAGAAGCGAGACGCUGCGAAGGCCGCGCAAGGCAAGGCGACCGUUGCCAAGUCGAGUGUUGUAUUUGACGUGAAACCCUGGGAGGCUGAAACGGAUCUGCAGGAGCUAGAGACGAAGAUACGACAACUGCAGAUUGACGGCGUAACGUGGGGCGCUGCGAAACUGGUACCGAUUGGCUACGGCGUUCGAAAACUGCAGAUCAUGGCGACCAUUAUUGACGAUCUCGUGCCGUCAACGGAUAUUAUUACAGAGGAAAUCGAAGGCCUCGAGGAACUUGUUCAGUCGGUCGAUAUUGCCGCUUUCAACAAAAUCUAG